AUGCGGAGGGUCAAGAAAUCUCGAAACGGCUGUGCCAGAUGCAAAAGCAAACGAGUCAGUGCCCUCGACUCCGCAAAUGAGAUAGUGAUCGAGCAGGUCAAAUGUGGAGAAGAAAAGCCUCAGUGUAGCCGUUGUAUUCGUCUAGGAGUGCGCUGCCCAGGCUACGUUCAAUCCCUUCGAUGGGUCACUCAGCACGAGCAGCAGAGCCCAAGUGCGAGUUCAGAUGGUCAAGUGGCUAGCCCAGCAGCAUUGACCAAGCCAUGCCGGCCUUCAUUAUCGCCCCAAAAUGAGGACGGACCGCCGGUGAUCGAGUCUGAUCCUGGUUCUUCGCAAAGACCGCCGCAGUCAGAACACAGCAUUGAUGCGUCAAAUGCAAUGGGCGACCGUCUUUGGGAUUUAUCGGGUGAUGGGCUGUUGCUAAAUCUAUCAGAUCUGUGCCCCCCGUUCCCAAUGGCGGCAACUUCCUCUCCAUCUCCAUUCUCACGGGAUCAAAAUUCGAAUCAUUUUGACCUUCCGCUUGGUACAGCGGAGGACAUGUCCCAUUUUCUCGCUUCGAUCGAACCGGCUGAGACAGUGACCUCUAGUGAUGGAAGGGGGAGAGGUGUCUUUCGUGACUUCGCACCGUCUGCCAUUGUACGCAGCUGUCCCUCUGCACAAUCGCAACGACCGACAAUGAGGGAUUCUGCGACAAUAUUUCGAUCUCUCAACAACCCUUCCUGGACACUUAUUGAGUAUUACUUUAAAGAAGUCGCAGCUCUGUUCUCCAGUUAUGACAGCCAAAUGAACCCGUUCCGCACCACCGUCUCUCGACUCUGGGGCUCAUCGUUAGCCAUGUGCCGAACUAUGCAGAGCAUGGCUGCAGCUACACUAGUCAGCGACUUUCCACAGUUUGGCCCAAUGGGACGGAAAUUGCGCGGCGAAGCGGUCGAUAUCAUCACUCAAGAGGCAGUCAUGGAUGACAAGUCUCUGUUGGCCUUGCUCAUGCUGGGUCAGACGGCGAGUUGGCACGACCCCAAAGAUCUGGGCGUUUCCUUCUUCAAUCUUCUUCGGAAACAUCUCAACAGCUUGGAGUCAUCGCCCGAGAGUAUGCAUUCCGGCGGCGCAAAAAGAGCCAGCAACAACUUUCGGUUUUUCAAAGAAGCCCUCAUCUACUGGGAGAUGCUGCUCUCAUUCGUUACAGAUAAAGAAUCGAUGACCGUAUUAGAGAGCUCGGGUUCAUUCUCCUUGGAUGAAGCCUUCGUUCUCCAACGUAUCCCUCAUCCAUGGACCGGCAUUGCAAGAGAUACCCAGUUCACCGUGCAAGAAGUCGGCCGACUGGUCCGCCGCGAGCGAAAGCGCAUUCGCGCACGACAAUUCACCUCACAGGACGAAAUCACCCGUGCACAACAGGCCAUUCAAGAGGCUCAAGAGCUCGAACAACGACUCUUGGAAUUGGUCCAUCCGUCUGAAGCCGAGAUCGUCAGUCCCGGCGACGAAGAGACCCCGGUUUGGCAUCUGGUCACAAUGGCCGAAGUAUACCGCUGCACAGGGCUGAUGCAGCUCUAUCGAGUCUUUCCAGAUUUGCUGCGCAAUCGUCUUCCUACCACAGAAGAUUCCUCGCACACCAGCAUGAAUUCUUCGAUCUUUUACGAUCCUUUCUUCCCCAUUGACCUCCACAGCGUGAAUCUCUUUCCUGAAUCCGACGGCCACAGCCCCAGCACAGAAGCGACUCAUCCCCAAUUUCCCUCUCAUCCGCAAUAUACACCAAUGCCUCCCCGUCAGCGCUUCACAUCACCUCGCCCUUCUCACAUCCCCAUCUCAUCCGCUCCCCCAUCCUCUGACCACCUUCGCGACCAAUGGCUCACCGAAUUCGCCCUCACAACUCUCUCCCGCUUGAAAACCAUUCCAAUCGAGUCCCGAACCCGCUGUCUUCAACCUUUUCUCCUCGUCGCAUCUUGCAGCGAGCUCCGACUUCCAAAGACAUCAUCUUCAUUACAAACAACCACACUAGAUCCGCUUUCCCCUUCUCCCGGUGACGAUGACGGCGGCGAAUCUCCCCCAGAAAUACCCAGCAUCUCAAUGGAAGCCAUCAAGAUAUCACAAACGCGGCGAUUCAUUCUUGGUCGUCUCUCGUCCUUUUUGCAUGUGUUGCCGCCAAAACCGAUCCACGUGUGUGUGCAACUUGUGAAAGAGGUCUGGAGGCGGAUGGAUGCGGGUCAAUCGGAGACGUACUGGGUUGACGUAAUGAUUGAGAAUGGCUGGGAGACGACGAUGGGAUAG